AUGUCCGUCUCCGUCAACCCUCGACGCAGGACUCCGGUGACUCCCCCGGAGUCCUCUGCCGGCAGUCGCCUCACUCUUAAGACCAACAGCCUCCGCAAGGGUGCUACCUUCCAUUCUCCCACCAGUCCUACAUCUUCCCUUGACGAUGCUUUGACUGUCCCCCCAAGCCUUCGACGCUCCCAGACCAACCUGGACGACGUCGUCGAUGCCCAUCGCCGCCGUAUGGCAUUGUUUGUCGACGACAUCGACAAGUCACUUGCCAACAUCACCCUUGUCUCCCCCAAGGCCAAGUCUUUCCGAGACGACAGUCUUCCCGUGCCCAGAGGCUUCCUCAACCUUCCUGUCGUUGACCCCGCCAUGGCAAAGGAAAAGUCCAAGGAGGCGGAACGUCGCAUCCUGCGCCCCAGAACCCGUCGCUCCUCGAGACAUCAUGAAUCAGACAGCGGACUCGGCACCUCUGUCGCGCAUACCGCCGAGACAGAGACUGCGACCACUGCUUCAAAGAAGGCAUCCGCCAUCACCCGGUCUGCUGCCAACACUUCUUCCACCAUGGAGAAGCUUCCCGCUCUGAGCUCCAAGGCCGCAAACCGCAUCCAAGAGCACAUCCUUCGACCACUCCGGGCCAAGCCCGCCCUCAAGGACUUCGAGCCGAUUGUUCUUGAUGUUCCCAGGCGCAUCAGAGAGAAGGAGAUCAUCUGCCUGAGAGACCUGGAAAAGACCCUCAUCUUUAUGGCACCGGAGAGGACCAAGACCGCCGCCUUGUACCUCGACUUCUGCCUGACGUCGAUCCGCUGCAUUCAAGCCACCGUGGAAUACCUCAGCGACCGAGAACAGACUCGACCCAACGACCGGCCUUACACUAACGGGUAUUUCAUCGACCUCGUGGAACAGAUUCGCCAGUACGCUGGCCAACUUGCUGCCGCCAAGGAAUCAGACGCUGCUGAGAUGGACGUUGACCCGACCGACGAAAUCAAGCUGUUCGGUGGCAUCACCGAGAACGGACGUCCCGCUGAGCUCGUCCGUGUUCGCAAGGACGGAAAGGCCAUUUCCAUGGCGACCGGCUUGGAGGUUGACCUUGAUGACACCAAGAGCCCCGUUCAGAUGAAACGCUCCUUGAGCCAGCAAUUAGAAGACGACGAGGAGAUCAUGCGCUCUAUGGCCCGCCGCAAGAAGAACGCGAGCCCCGAGGAGCUUGCCCCCAAGAAGUGCCGCGAGCCUGGUUGCAACAAGGAGUUCAAGCGUCCUUGUGACUUGACCAAGCACGAGAAGACUCACUCCCGCCCCUGGAAAUGCCCUGUCAAGUCCUGCAAAUACCACGAGUACGGUUGGCCCACCGAGAAGGAGAUGGACCGCCACCACAACGACAAGCACUCCUCGGCACCGCCCAUGUACGAGUGCCUAUACAAGCCGUGCCCCUACAAGUCGAAGCGGGAAUCGAACUGCAAGCAGCACAUGGAGAAGGCCCACGGCUGGCAAUACGUUCGCACCAAGACCAACGGCAAGAAGUCGUCGAGCAAGGCCGGCAGCGUGACGCAUUCCACCCCCCAGCUCAUCCACAUGCCUACUCCUUCUACCAGCAGCGCCGCCACCCCCCCUCCGCCAAUGGACCAGGCGCAGUUCAACUUCAACGACCCCAUUCUUGCUCCCCUGCACACCAUCGGUCCCGUGGGCGACUUUGCUUCCCACAUUGAUGGCAUGGAGUUCCCCUCCUACAUCUCGGACGAAGACUUUGACCAAGUUCUCGGUGUUUCGGGUCCAUUCGAUGGUCAGCUUGACAUGUCCAUGUCCCCGUCAGACCACAACACUCCCUCCACCGAUGUGUCUUACGGCCCCUACUCGUACCAAGAGGGCCCCGACUUCACUGUGAAUGAGGAUAUCUAUGGUGCCCACGCCCAGCUCCCCACCCCUGACCGGUCUGUCUUCGCCGAAAAGAUGAACAUGGCAUUCCCCAUCUACCAGCCUGUUCCCACUUGCCAGCCUCAGAUGGAUGCCAUCCAGACCGCCCCUCACAUUUCUCCCAUCGGCCAGGGCAAUGCCAUGCUCUACACACCAAAUUCUUUGGCUGAGGUGGAUGAGGGCUUCGAGGACACGUUUAAUGGCGGAGCCGAUGAGUUCUGUGGCAACGACUUCCAGCUCUUCCCCGCCAACACCGUAAGCAAGACGUACGAUUCCCUCUUCGGUGAGGUGCCGAGCGCCGGCUUGGGCUACUCCCAAGCGUCGCAGGAUCCGUUCCAGUCUCUCGAGUGGGCCAUGGACUACCAAAGCUUUCCAAGCCAGUAA